GGGUUCGGGGAAUGAUUCUUCCGGUGGAGCUGCCGGGCGGGGAUGGAGCGGCCUGCGGGUUGUCAAGAGGAGGAAGCGCCGCGUCUAUAUCCCGCAGCCACCGUCUGGAGCCUCCCCCACCCCCUCACAACAACUUUGCAGAAUAGUAACUGUAUGAUUUAGAUUGAAUAAUUACCACAGAACUCGCCAUUUUACAUCCGUCUCUGUCUUUUGAUGUCAUAUUUCUGGAAUUUUUAAAGCAACAAUGGCAGACUCUGAGGGUGUAAGGAUUGCGCCUGAAAUGCCAGCAAUGUUUGAUGGGAUGAAGCUGGCUGCAGUCGCUGCAGUGCUAUACAUCAUUGUAAGAUGUCUCAAUCUUAAGAGUCCGACUGCUCCUCCAGAGCUGACUUUCCAGGAUAACGCACUCUCACGAUUCUUGCUGAAGUCAUGCCCACUGCUGACCAAAGAAUAUAUCCCACCCCUGAUCUGGGGCAAGAGUGGACAUGUACAGACAGCAUUAUAUGGUAAAAUGGGGCGUGUAAGCUCUCCUCAUCCUUAUGGUCUCCGCAAAUAUCUCUCUAUGCCUGAUGGAGCGACUGCUACAUGGGAUCUUUUUGAGCCUUUGGCAGAGCAUAACACUGGAGAGGACAUUACUAUGGUGAUUUGUCCUGGGAUAGCUAAUCACAGUGAAAAGCAGUAUAUCCGAACAUUUGUCGACUAUGCGCAGAAGCAUGGCUACCGAUGUGCUGUUCUUAAUCAUCUUGGCGCGUUGCCGAACAUUGAGCUCACCUCUCCUCGUAUGUUUACAUACGGUUGUACGUGGGAGUUUGGUGCCAUGGUAAAUUACAUAAAGAAAACCUUUCCUCAGACCGAGCUGGUGGUUGUGGGUUUUAGUCUUGGUGGAAACAUUGUUUGCAAAUAUCUUGGAGAGAAUCGAGCCAAUCAAGACAAGGUUCUUUGUUGCAUCAGUGUCUGCCAAGGCUAUAGUGCACUGAGGGCACAAGAAACAUUCCUCCAAUGGGAUCAAUGCCGGAGGUUUUACAACUUCCUAAUGGCAGACAACAUGAAAAAGAUUAUUUUAUUUCACAGAAAAAUUUUAUUUGGAGAAAAUGAAUGCAAAGCUCCAAAUUCUCUGGCAGAUGUAGACCUUAGCAAACUUUAUACAGCAACUUCCCUGAUGCAUAUUGAUGAUAACAUCAUGAGAAAAUUCCAUGGGUAUGACACACUGAAAGAAUAUUAUGAGAAAGAAAGUUGUAUGCACUAUCUUCACAAUAUCCAGGUUCCUCUUCUACUAGUGAAUGCUUCUGAUGAUCCCCUAGUACACGAAAGCUUGUUGACCAUUCCCCGUUCACUUGCAGAGAAAAAAGAAAACGUCAUGUUUGUGUUAACUCUACAUGGUGGCCACCUUGGAUUCUUUGAAGGAGCAGUACUCUUCCCAAAACCUUUAACUUGGAUGGAUAAGCUUAUAAUAGAAUACACAAAUGCCAUCUGUCACUGGGAGAAAAACAAGCCCCAUUGUACGGCAUCUGGAGACCAGAGCUGCUCAGACUACAGCGAUUAACCUUUGCACAAAUCCUGUGUGUCAAAACUCUGAUCAUUUAGCCCUUAUCAUUAUUACAUUCCUGACCUGGGUUUGACUACCUUAAAACUAAUCCCUGCUAUUAAUGUAGUUCAACCAGCAGAAUCAGACUCUUUUAUCACAAAGGUUUAAAUAUGAUUGCAAGGUCCUUUUCUAUGCCUAUCUCCACCAAAAGCAACUUGGAGCACACACAAAUUGAUGACUCACUAUGUUUGCACAACAGCGUAGUGAUGAGACGGGGGACAACAGUUACUCUUACCAAGGAAUAGCUGAUAUCAGUAGGUUUGGAGCAAAUGAGCUACAUAUAGGGUUUCCAGAAGUCAAACGUGUCUUUGCAAGAGCUCAUUUGUUUAAAAAAAAAUUGUGCCUUCUAUUACAUUUUUUUAAUUUAUGACAAAAGGUGUUUAUUUUUCUGCCCUACCAAGAGAUUCAGUUUUGGUCAUUUGAUCAGACUAAGUGCAGCAAAGUGUUUGAGUUUUAAAAAAUAAAUACAUUUGCAAAGAGAAGACUUUCUCUGGUUUUUGUCUUUUUAGAGAAACAGAAUUUAGAACUCUCACUUGGAAGUAUGGUUGGGGGAACUCUUGCGACAUCAUUUUAGUACUUCUGUUUGCCCCUCUGGGAAAGGUACUCCAGGUAGACAUUGUAAACAUCCUGUUCAGCUGUGUUUUGGAAAUCUUGAGGAUUAGGUGGGACUUGAACUUGAGCUUUCUGGCUCAACAGUAGGGACACUACCACUGCAUCACAAGAGCUGUCUAUAUGUAUUCCAGAAACAAUAUUAAGCUGGAUGAUCUGCAGGUGUGGUGCAAGUUGCCUCUGGAAUGAGUCUCAAAUCUGAGUGUUUGCAUUGACUUAGUAUUUACUACUGUGGUGCUUGAUCACCACUAUUUUAGCUUUUCAAAGCAGAUACAAUGGAAUGUCUAUGGAGAUAACUUUGCAAAAAAAAACCAAGUAAUUUCCACUUAAAUCCAUGUAUUUCUACUUGUUUUUUUUUCCAAAAAUGGAAGGUGCAACUGACCCAUGAGCAUAAAUUUGGACUUGAUCUGCACUUAUUUGAAAAUCAUUUUAAAAAUGUUUUUUUACUCUGGUUAUAAAUGCUGACCUGUGUCGCGAUCAUUCCACUGAGAACCUGAUACAUUCUCAGCCAUUCCAGCAAAUGCAAAGUUAGUUCGGCCCAACCACUCCACACCGACCCUCCGAAGAGUAAUCCACCCAGACCCAUUUCCCUCUGACUAAUUGACCUAAUACCAUGGGGCAAUUUGGCAUGGUUAAUUCAUCUAACCUGCACAUCUUUGGACUGUGGGAGGAAACCGGAGCACCUGGAGGAAACCCAGGCAGACACAGAAAGUGCAAGCUCCACACAGACAGUCACCGGAGGCUGUAAUCGAACGUGGGACCCUGGUGCUGUGAGGCAACAGUGCUAGUCACUGUGCUGCAUUUGUGCCACACAGAUGAAAAUUGGGAAGCCAUUGUUCAUCAACUUGUGGUCCAUCUCUUUCCAUUCCUUCAUUACCCAUUCCAAGAACAAUUGUGUUCUAUUCAGCCAAUGACAGUGGAUGAGUAUAUUUUGUUCAGCAUCCAAUUAUGACUUGGAGUUCCAAUGCUUCCUCAAUAGGAUAUUGGUGAGAGAGUCAACUUAGCUCAUAUCAAAGAUUCUCAAGUUAAAACUUUAAUUUAACAGUUUCUGUAGAGCUGUUAUGAAAUCAGUGUAUCUUAAAAGAAAAACUAACCAGCUAGUGUUAGCAGAAAUAAUUAUCCCUUUUGAGUGAUGUACAUCAGCAUGAGAAUAGCCAGGUUCCAUUUUUCUUUUAAACAAAUUGAUGUCUGUUCUAUACUGAUUUUAUUUAACUCUCACCAGUCCUAUUGACACUUGAAUCAAAAGAUUGCUGCCUCUGGAAGUUGAAACUAAGCUGUACACAAUUCCAUUCUCCAGGUGUGAUUUUCCCUUGACUCAGUACUGGUCAAUUUUGCAGUGAGGAAACCCAAGCCCUGUGCAUAAUUGUGAUUAUUGACAGGAAAGGCUGAAAUCCAGUCGAAGCUAAUUUACAUUUUUAAAUUAUUGUCUCCUGCAAAAUUGUUUCACAAAUUCUGUCAGCUAUUCUAAUGGUAAUUUAAUUUGAGUAUAUUUUAUAGUAACGAAAGUAUGCAAUUGAUGCUGUAUCCAGUAUUUUUUUUUUGUCAUGUCGAAUGAACCACAGUUUCGUCAAGUUAGUAGUUACUAAACUGAAGACAGUUGAGUGCAUUUGUAUUUAGUCACUAUCAGCAUGCCAGCAGCAGUCUUUAUGGCACAGGGUCUCUUUGACUAAGUUCAAAAUAUAUAUAUAAUGCUCCACUGUUGCUGCUGCUUCCAACUUGAGAAGGAAACUCAUUCAUUUGAAUCUCUGUUUUAAGAUUUGAGAACUGAUUGAUUCUCAGUCCCUGGUUUUCAAGGCUGUCGGCUUAGCCUUAUAAGAUUGUAUAACAUUGUGCAAGCAAACAUCUGUUUAUAAAUGCAUUAGUUAAUGCUAUUGCUGUGUAUGAGGAAUCUAGGAAAGGCGAGGGAAAGAAUUGAUAACUGAAAAGCUUUUAGCAUUAUUGUUAGAAUUGCUAAUACCACAAAAAAAUCUAAUCAGGUGAUGAGUGCCUUGAAAACUGUUAAGUAUAGGUAGUAUACAGUUGACAUCCAGACAGCCAGCUCCUGAUAGAAUAAUAGAUUUCUACCUGUCUGUGUAUCCGAGUGAUGAAUGAUUAACAUUUACAAUCUGAAUUUUACCUGCUUGAAAAUAUAACUUGUGCAAAUAGUGGGCCCCCAUCGCAUUAUGAAAUUAUUACAAUUCUCAACAUUUAUCAGCCAUUUAACAAUUUUUAUUUGAUGUUUUCUACUUAAAAGAAGGAAAACAGUAGUUUUAAAAUGCUGUAGUCAGACUUCAGUCCCUAGAAUAUCUUGGGGUGCCCUUGGUCUGCUGAUGAUUAGAUUAGAUUAGAUUAGAUUACUUACAGUGUGGAAACAGGCCCUUCGGCCCAACAAGUCCACACCGACCCGCCAAAGCGCAACCCACCCAUACCCCUACAUUUACCCCUAACCUAACACUACGGGCAAUUUAGCAUGGCCAAUUCACCUGACCCGCACAUCUUUGGACUGUGGGAGGAAACCUGAGCACCCGGAGGAAACCCACGCAGGCACGGGGAGAACGUGCAAACUCCACACAGUCAGUCGCCUGAGGCGGGAAUUGAACCCAGGUCCCUGGCGCUGUGAGGCAGCAGUGCUAACCACUGUGCCACCGUGAUGCUUGGCUUUCUUUUCGGUGUGACAUUUAAUGGAUGCCUCUUCUCAUUUUUACUUAUUCCAUCAAUCCCACUGUCUGUAAUGAAGACCAAAGACAACGUAACUCCAUUAUCUCACGAUUAGCAGUUUCAUUAUCAAAUCUACGUCUGAAUGAUGUGCUGGAGAAGUAGGAUAUGAUGAUAAGAUCUGAACUUUAGGACAUUUGUAAUUUGAAUAGCUUUUUGUACAUGGUAUGUAUUUAGGAAUAGCACUUAAGGUUUAUGUUAUGAUUUGGAGAUGCCGGUGUUGGACUGGGGCAGAGGUGGGGAACCUUUUCAUGUUGGAAGGCCGCAUUAUGUUAGUUAUAAUCCAAUAAGGCCGCAUCCAAGAAACUUCAAUUAUAUAUUCUUCAAAGUUCAUAUUAUUUUGUAAAAAUCUAACUACUAUGUACUAACUAACUUUAAAAAAUGAAAAAAAAAGUUAAUUCUAAAGUUAACUAACCUUUUAAUGACUUUGUGACUGCUUUUUGUAGGAAAGCAUUUGAAUAUUUGGUUGCAGCAUGGAGGUCUGCAGUUUUAGCUGAUCCUCUAGAUGGGUAUCUGUCAUUUCUGACCUUAAGGGCGUCUUGAUUUUGGAUAAGUAGGAGAACGUAGAUUCGCAGCAAUAAGUGGUUGAAAAGCAUUUUUCGUGCAUGUUGCAAAAUUUGGAUUCAUUAAAAAGGCCACACACAGUGGCCUAGAAGGCCGCAUGUGGUUUUAAGGGGGUUUUGAGGUUCCCCACCCUGGACUGGGUUGUACAAAGUUAAAAAUCACACAACACCAGGUUACAGUCCAAUGGGUUUAAUUGGAGGCACACUAGCUUUCAGAGUGACGCUCCUUCAUCAGGUGAUAGUGGAGGACACAAUUGUAAGGCAUAGAAUUUAUAGCAAACAUUUAGUGUGAUGUAACUGAAAUUAUACAUUGAAAAAUACCUUGUGUGUCUGUUGAGUCUUUCAUCUGUUCACAUACCAUGGUAGUUUCACUUCUUUCAUGUGUAAAUCACAAAACUGUUUUUUUAAAAAAUACAUUCUCAGGUUAAUUGUAACAAUUGGUGUUAGCCAGAGAAUAUGUUGAAGGUGUCAACCCCCAUGUUCUCUGUCUGUGCCAUAAUGUUUAGACUGAUUUUAAUCUAAAAAGUGAGAUCAGUGUUUUACAUGAAUUCAUCCAGUUUUUGAGCAAAGUACAAUGUAACUCUGCAAGUACGAAUUCACCCCACAAAAUGUGUGUGCAUGUCUGUGUGUCUGUCUGGGUUGGGGGUUGUGAGAGAGUGUGUAUAUAUGUGUGUAGUGAGUGUAGAGUGUCUUAAGUCUGUGAGGGGGUUGCACAUGUGAGAGUGCAUGUGUGUCUGGGGUGGGGGUUUGAGAGUGUGUGUGUACGCAGAAGUGUAGAGUCAUCUAAGUCUCUGAGAGGAGAUGCCUGUGGGAGGGUGUGUGUGUGUGUCUGUGUAUAGGAGUGCCUGUGUGUAUGUGCAUGCGUGUGUGUGUGUGUGUGUAGGAGUGACUGUGUGUAUAUGUAUAGUGCAAUAGUGGUCACCUGUAAUGUGACAUGAACCCAAGGUCCCGGUUGAGGCCUUCCCUAUGGGUAUGGAACUUAGCUAUCAGCCUCUGCUCGGCCACUUUUCGCUGCUGCCUGUCCUGAAGUCUGCCUUGGAGGAUGGUCACCCGAAGGUCCAAGGUUGAAUGUCCUGCACCAACUCGGAGGAAACACUCCUGCCUGUUGAAGGUUUAUAUUGGCACUGCAAAGAGUAUUUUGGCAAAUUUUAGGCUAGGCAAAAUGAUGUUUAGAUGCUGUUUGCAUUUGAAUAACCUACUUAUGCAAGAUCUGUUUUUCCAAGUCUCCUUGACAAAGUUUAGGAUAAUAAGAAAGAGAGUUUAAUUUAAUGUUAGUUGGGUAAAGGUCCUUCAACUUCAUUUCCUGUGCUCGGUUCAGCUGCAAAUCAUUUCUGUGCUGCAGAGCAAUAAAUGGCAUUCAAACAUCAAGCAUUGACAUUCAAUUUGUAAAUAUGAAUGCAAUGACAGCAUGACUUAGGAGCAGUUUGACUAGUUGAGACUAAUGUCAACAAUGUUGCAUAGGUAUUAUCUCGGCCAGUCUGAGAACUUUUUCUAAUAAUUGGGCAACUAGAUGAGGUUUUUUAAGAAACAGUAAAAUAAAUGCUGUCUUUCCUUUGUUACUUUGUGUUUUUGACUUUGAACAUUUCACUGCAACACAUUUUAGUCUCUGUUACACGGGUUAAAAGUUGCACGCUGAAUACCUUGUAAUAGGAAUUUUCUUAUUUUCACUGCAUGUUGGAGGAUGAAAUGCAAUAGAUCAUGGACGUACACUGGUAAUUUUAUUUUGUUUUGGUGAGGUUUUGUCUAAUAUUGCUAUAUUCAUGAUUGAACGAGCAAUUUGGCCUUUAUAUUAAGAAUACUGAGUUAAUUAUUUGAAACAAUUUUUUUAUUAAAAGCUUUUUUCACAGUUGCAAUAUCCUCAUUGGCUUCAACAUUUCACCAUUGCACUGUGUUUGGAACUGCAAUUCGAAGGUGCAGUCUGUAGGUGCACUUUACUGUUUUUUAAGAAGUUAGACCUGUCAAAAACUGUGUUGUUAGGAGACCUCAAAAGUUAGAUACAAAGUGAAUGAGAGUUUUGCCUGUCUUUGACUAGCCUGCCAAUGCAAGAUCGUUAUUUUGAAACUUGUUGCUAAAGAUUAGAGGCAAGGAGUUGAGUUGUUCUUUUAUAACAAAUGUCUGUCUUUAGGACAGUAGAACUGUCAUACACUUGUCAAUGAUAUAUAAUAUUGAUCUUUUUAAAUCUUGUGAUUUUAAAAGCCAGAUAAAGAUGCCCCUAAAAUCCCAAUUAUAUAUAGAAGUGCAUGUGCGAUCUUGGGGCAGUUUGAAGAAUUUUGAGCGUUAAGGGUGGCAUGGUGCCUCCGUGGUUAGCACUGCAGUGUCACAGCACCAGGGACUGGGAAUCGAUUCCAGCCUCGGGCGAUUGUGUGGAGUUUGCACAUUCUCCCUGUGCCUGCGUGGGUGCAUCGGUUUUCUCCCACAGUCCAAGAGAUGUGCAGGUCAGGUGAAUUGGCCAUAGUGUUAGGUGCAUUAGUUAGGGUAAAAAUAGGGUGGGGGAAUGGGUCUGAGUGGGUUACUCUUCGGAAAAUUGGUGUGGGUGUUUUGAGCUGAAAGGCUUGUUUCCACACUGUAGGGAAUCUAAUCUAAACAAGCACUUUAGUAUAAAUGUGCUUUUACCAAAUAAAUCCCAAUUUAAGCACAGCAGUACUGUCUAGUUCCCAUUUGUGGUAAUGACUGGAGUCUUGCUUAGAACUUUCAGUUAUUGAACAAGAUAUCAGUGAUUUUGUUCCUUACUCUAGUGAAUAUUUAAUUUUCAACUUCCUCUCUGUUCUGUUAAUAUUGGUAGCAAACUUUAUUUAUAAAUGAAACUAAGGUAAAACUAAAAAUAUUAUUCACAUAAAUUAGUUUUUAAAACGACUGCAUCAGUCCAUGAAUACCAUUAGUUAUGGAGGAUUUGCCCUCUGGCAGAUGUAGCACUAACAUAAUAUAAAGCUGGUUUUAAAAUCUCAAUACAUAAAUAUGCUCCAACUAGUUUCAAGAGAAGUUUAAUAGUAGAAUACAUCUUUGUUAACUUUGAAGUCCUGGCCAGAGGGUCUUCAUUCUAAACGCUUAUUUUAAUUAAGUUUUAACAAAUAAUAAAGCUUAGAUUUGAUUGGAAUUUGUAAGCCAACAUGGGAUGCAGUGUCAAGAUAUCAUGUGAAUCUAGCUGAAGAGAAUGUCCAAUUAAUUCUUUUUUUUUAUCUUUUGUGCCUUUGCCCACUUUACUACAAUAAAUAAGGGAAAGUAUUUUUAGCUAUCUGUGUAUCAGACCAUCAAUUAUAACUAUAAAGCAGAAACCCAAAAUACAUUCUAUGCCUUAUAAUGGUUUGUAGUGUACUGAGAACUUCACUGUCACUCCUAUCCUAAUGUCUUUUGCACUUCCCUUUUAGAUGUCCACAUGCCAACCAAAUUAAUUCUGCAUCUUGAUAAAAGCAUAAUUUAUCGAUGAUGUGCCCUUCUGUUUGGAUAAUGUUGUAUACUGUGUUUCCGUUUCUGCUAGGGCAAUUGCAAUUUCUAAGAUCACAUCAGAAAAUGUAAUUUUACUGCAGUUAUUUAAAAGCAGCAACACAUUCUUGUUGAGCAAUGUGAAAGUUAUAGAGUAAUCCAGGUUAACUUAUAAUAUUCAACAAUCUUUUGUUAACCACUAAUAUUCUAUGAAAGUGUCACUACCCUUUAACAUUUUUGAAAUGUUAUUAAGGUAAGUAGGACUAAUACCUGCACUAUUUGGCGCUAACCUAAUAUUGUGGAAAAGCAUGGUUUUAGCAAGGUUCCAUAUUAACUGCUAUUUGUUUUGAUUUGUGUUCACAAACAAGCUGUGUUUUUAUAGAACAGCUAAACAUAAUUCAUUAUGGGAGAAGAAUUUUGAGUUAUUUUUGAGGUAUGAUGGCAAAUUUGUGUUUCUUCCUUCUCGAGAAUAAUCUGGUUAUUAUUGAUAAGUGUAAAUUUCUGAUAAUAGAAUUUUUAAAUAUUUCUUUCUCUCCCUUCCAUCUAUGCACUUAUACUGUGGGCUAAGUUUGCAGAAAUUGCACACAAAUGAUUUUAAUACACCCUUUCAGUCUUCUAUUUGCUGAGAUUAUUGUUGAAUCAUAUUCUAUUUCUUUUGGUUCUUAUUGUUCAGUGUGAUGAAAGCAAAUCUAAAAAUGCACCAGGCGAUGCAUUGACGUUGAAUUGUUGCACUCCAGUAAUGAUUAUGUUUUGUAAUUUUGUUCCAUAGAUUCCAAUUUGCCUUUCUUGAGAAAAUAUCAUUUGUUUCUAUAUAAAUUUGUUUUUCUGGUUAUAGAAUAGAAGUUCAAAAAAAAUGUACUGAAGAUGUAGAAUUCCAGAAACUGAAAAAUCCUACAAGCAUUUAGUAGAAAGCAAGGACAUUUUAGUAGUGCCUUUCGUGUUCUCAGAAUGUUCCCAAAGCAUUUCACAACAUGUGAAGUACCUAAAGUGUGAUAACUGGCUGCUGUGUUGCUCUGUAUUAUGAUAAUUUCUGUACAGCAAUGUCCCACAUUUGCCAUGAUCUAUUUUUAGUAAUAUUGAUUGAAGGAUAAAUAUUGAUCAAGCAAGAGAACUUCCCCAUCACCCACUUCAAGUAAUCCCAUGGGAAUUUUUAUUCACAAUCGAGAGGAAAUUUAGCGAUCUCAAUGAAUUCAAUCCACUAAAAAUUUUUUUGCCUAAUUUUUUGACAAAGUGAAAUACUCCUUAUAGUUUAGCAAUGCCAUCAUAAGAGGAAGAAUUUCCCACAAUAGUGAACACUUCUAACAUACUUCCUCUUUGAGUUACAAGUAUAACCUAUACACAACUUCAGAAUUUGCAUUUGUUCAGCAUACACCAAUGAAAACCAUAUUCAUCUCUGGAUAUGGAUAGGUUUUAAAUUUUGUAGGAUUGAAAGUAAAAUUUAUGAAUGGCAAAAAUUGAUCAAUAAAAGCAUGAUGUGCAUAUCACCUGUGUCAGCAUUGGGGCAUCCUCAUUUUCAGCUGGUUACCAGUAGUUGUGUAUUUCCAAUAUUUUAUUUGCUUUAAUGUUGGAAGCAUUUUCUAUAAAUAAUUGUAAGCCUCUUCUAUUGAGAGUUGACUGGUUUGUAUCAAAAUUCCCUUCACUUGACCAUGAAUGACAGCUUUCCAAUGAAGAAAUUUUCCCUCUCUGGGCAAGAUUUGAACCCAGGUGUUUGCAUAGGUAACAGGUUUUGUUCCUUGUUCCUAUUUAUAAAUGUCAUCUUUAAGACAAAUCUGAACUAUGUUUUAUCAUACUGUUAAAAUUUCUAUCCUGGAAUAUUAGGACAGAAUUAGAAGAGAAGUGUCUUGAUUCUUUCUAUUUCGCAAACUGUUCACUGCCAAGUGCAUUUCUCCAGACAGAAGGAUGCAAGACUGAGCCCCAACAUAAUGUCCUGGCAAACACUAUGCCUGGGGCAGCAUUGGCAAUUUUUGGCAUAGACACAGAUGGAAUCCAAUUGAAAGUGCAGUUCAUAACUGGGUUUACAAAUGACUAUUUAGAAGCACUGAGCGGGGGCCAGAUGCCGUUCCUCAAUGGAAUCAUUAGAGAGUCAUCGCCACUAAAUAGCAACAGGUUUAGGACAAGCAGAUAGACUUUGGGGCCUGCUUGUAUCUUUAUUGCUAUAUUUGUUUCUAGGCCUGAGGACACGAAACUGGGGUGCAAUAUAAAAAGGAAGCAGUGCCCUUUGACCUACCUUGUGUUUGUUUAGGAAAUGUUCCUUCUAUUUGACCGUGAAACCCAUGCAACUGAAAAAAGCAAUUCAAGUGAUUGGACUGCCCUGAAGUUUGACCUUGUGCCUUUGUAAUGAUAGUCUAUUCAUGCUAAAAGGCAUUCACUCAAGAAUGAAGUUGAGAAAUGUUAAUGGAAGUGUUGCAGCCUUUUACAAACUAGCAGCGUAAAUCUGUUUCUUUGUCAUCCUGUGCAUAGCAAUGUGUAAUCUAAUGAGAAGUUACUUGUUUUUUGCUUUCUCUUGUGGCUCUUGCAGUAGUUUUAACCAAGUUUCUUGAAGGAGUAGAGGUCAUGUUUGCAAGAUUCACACAAUUUCAAUGGAUGGCUCCAUUUCAUUUCACACUUUGACACUUGCACAACAUUUCUGACUAUCCAUACAUCAGAUGGAGUAUGUAAAUAGACAGCCUUGAAACAGCGCUAAGGAUGAUUAAUACCAGAGUGCCAAUGAUCAGAUCCUGAACAAAACCAUGCAUGUAAAAAGGACCUUCGAGAGGGAUCACGUGUUAGAGAGGUGAUUGGGUGAUCAUAAUCUUGGAGGCCUGAAUGUACAAAGUACCAGUACAAUUAUAAUACAAAUAAAAUGGAAAGUAACUGGACUAAGGAAUGAAAGACAGGAUAAGGGUGCAGAACAGAUGGCUUUUGAAUAUGCACAUCUGUUCAGUUAAAAGUUUGUAGGCAUAUGAGAAGGCAAAAAUUCUAUGUACGGAAAUUAUCAUGUUUCCAAUUUAUCCAGAAUAAAACAGUUGCAACCCUGUUUGCAAUAGUUGGGCGUCUUCAUUGCAUCCAUUGGAUAGACACACCUCAUGCUAAUGAGAAUGCGCUUUUGGAGUGUUGAUAUUGGAAACCUUUAACAAACUCACAGGCCCAGUGCCCUGUUUGAUCUGUCAUUCCAGGAGAAUCAAACUGUCAAGUACUACAAAAUCAAUAGGAAUUACAGCAAGAAGCAACUAGCAAUGCAAUGUUCCAAACAUCACAAUGUUUACCUACAUGUGAAAUAGAAUUUUGUUCUUUGUGUUGAUUUCUAAGCAAUUUGCUUAUGGACUUGUAUGGAAUUGUG